AUGGCAGGAAGUAUUACCAAGCCCAAGAAGCCAAAGUCCAAGCGAACGACCGUUCGUCUUCGGCACAAGAUUGAAAAGGCAUCCAGUUCCAAGCAGCGCAAGGCGAGAAAGGAAGCCAAGAAGAACCCACAAUGGAAGUCAAAGUUAAAGAAGGAUCCGGGUAUCCCCAAUCUGUUCCCGUACAAGGAGAAGAUCCUUGAAGAGAUCGAGGAGGGACGGAGGAGAAAGCAGGAAGAGGCCCAGAAGCGCCGAGAGAUGGCCAAGGCGGCCAAGACGGGCACCGUCAAUGCAAACGAAAGCAACAACGAGGCGGCCAUGGAUGGUGCCGAGGCGGGCGACUUUGAGGGGUUUGACGACGAUGCGAUGGACGAAGACGAUGGCUUCGACGAUUCGAACCCCAUGGCUGCGCUCAUCGCCAGCGCAAGAAAGGCCGCCGAAAAGUACGAUCGCGAACUCCAGAGCGGCAGCGAAAUGGAUGAUGACGACGAUGAAGACGAUGAUGACGAGGACGACUUCUACGCUGGCAGCGGUGAGGCCGUGGGCCCAGCUACCUCGAGGAGGGCCUACGACAAGGUCUUCAAGCAGGUCAUUGAGCAAGCCGACGUGGUGCUCUACGUACUUGAUGCCCGCGACCCCGAAGGAACCAGAUCAAAAGAGGUCGAGCGGCAGGUCAUGGCCGCAGCGAGUGGAGGCAAGCGACUUAUGUUGAUCCUCAACAAGGUCGACUUGAUUCCGCCACCCGUCCUCAAGGACUGGCUCACGCAUCUCCGUCGAUACUUCCCAACCAUCCCCUUGCGUGCUUCGGGAUCCGCCCCGAACGCGCAGACCUUUAACCACAAGUCCCUGACGGUUCAGAGCACCGCCAGCGCGCUCCUCAAGUCGCUCAAGUCGUACGCGGCCUCGCAGCAGCUCAAGCGCGCCGUCUCUGUCGGCGUCAUCGGCUAUCCCAACGUCGGCAAGUCAUCCGUCAUCAACGCCCUGCUCUCGCGUCUGGGCGGCAAAGGCGCCGCCUGUCCUGCUGGCGCCGAGGCCGGUGUCACCACGAGUAUCCGCUCUGUCAAGAUGGACAGCAAGCUCACGCUGCUGGACUCUCCCGGUGUCGUCUUCCCCUCCGUCACCGAGGGCGAGUCUCGUAAGAAGAAGCAGGACCCCAUUGAGGCGCACGCCAACCUGGUGCUGCUCAACGCCGUUCCGCCCAAGGAUAUCGGUGACGCCCGGCCGGCUGUGAACCUGCUUCUCAAGCGCCUCUCCAGCUCGCCCGAUCUGCUCCAGAAGCUCAUGGAUGUCUAUGAUCUGCCCCCGCUCAUGACCACGGGUGGCGACGCCACCACCGACUUCCUCGUCCAGGUGGCCCGCAAGCGCGGCCGCUUGAGCAAGGGCGGCAUUCCCAACGUCGAGUCGGCAGCCACCACCGUCGUCACGGACUGGCGAGACGGCCGCAUCCAGGGCUGGGUGGACGCCCCCGUCCUGCCCGUCAGCGUCAACGCUGCCAGUGCCGCUGCCGCCGCCGCGACAUCCUCGGCCGACGCUCCCGCCCCGGACCAGAAGCAGAUUGUCACGGAAUGGGCCAAGGAAUUCAAGCUAGAUGGCCUCUGGGGAGAUGACGAGGCUGAGGAUGCCGAGAUGGAGCAGUGA